UGUGUGAGUUACACUAAGUAUUGUGCUUGUCCCCACGAAGAACCUUACCUAAUUGCAUAAGGUGUGUACCUAGAUCCUCCACGUGAACGCGACGCGUCGUGAUAGUGCUCCCACUCCGACUCCGAUUCCGAUCCAGAAAUCAUCACUUAACAAGGGGGUAACCGAUACCCUAUCUUACGAAUUACCACUGAAAGGCCCGACCCUCAUCUCUGUCCACCUGUCAUUAUUGCGAUGGCCCCCCAGACGCGUGCUCGAGGGCAGCCAGCGCCGGAACGAGUUUACCAUUCAAGUCCUGCGCCAACUCAACAACAGCUCAGAUUCGCACCACGCAGAAAGAUUGUACGGCGCUAUGGCCGCAAUACCAAUACCCCACGGCGCCAGCAACUGGGGGACCGCGGGAUUGAACGGGACGGCGGACCUCAGCCGGGCAAACGCGAUUCAUCCCCAGAUCAGAGCACGUUAACCCAAAUGGGCUGGGCCCAGACUACAGUCGUGCCCGAUGAACUCGAAGAUCACACGGCGCCUUCUACCCGUCGGAGCAAGAGGCGCAAGACGGAGGGUGACUGCCCAAGCCCCUCUCCAAAAAGCAAAUACCACACUCAGACUUUGACUCAAAUGUCUUCGUCGCACCCCGAAUGGUCCUUCAGUAAACUCGACAACGCAAAGGCCCAGAUAGAGGACUCCGAGGAGGAGAACCUAGACAUUGUCUUUGGGGACGAUGCUCAGGAAAACAUGACCGGAGGCAAUCGAACCAGGACACCGUCUGUUGUCCCUCAGACACCGACGAACAAGCGCGUUCGUCUUGAGAUACCUUCGUCCCUGGAUUCGCCCAUCACUCCCAUGUUGGCGAGAUAUAGCCAGGUACCAAACCGUUCUCCGCUGAAGGACAAAUCCACAAAUGUUAUGUCUCCCCUCCCAAAACUUUCGACGACACCGAAACGGCCCCGCACUCUUGUGAUCGAGGAUUCAUAUGCAACCACCGUCACUAAAAGCCCCGCGUCCUCCGUCGGGAACCAGCCCAUCAACAAGCGACCGACACCGACGGCCAAAACUGUCCGAUUCGUCACGCCUCACGCGGCAGAACUCAAACAGGAACCAGGAUUCAGUCAAGCACCAGCCAGUUUGGUUCUGGGAGAGGCUAGUGCGUCUGUUGACGAAUUUGAAGUUGCCACAGAAGCGCCAGAGAGCCCCUCACCACUUCGGCGCCGGAAAGUCUCCGAGCGCGUGAUUGCCGACUCGGAAGACGAAUAUGACAACCUUGACGAGACUGACGAUCAGGAGGAUGGGGAAGAAGACUAUGGAAAUGUUGGCGAAGAGACCCAACUCCUUGUCCAUGGGCUACUGGCCUCUUCUGAGAAGGAGACCUCCGCCUCUGCCUGCCAGGAAAAUAGCCCGAACCACACGACAGGUCCGCCCCAUCAAAGAAUCACUGGGCCAUGCAAAUGCAACGAACUAGACACGGUGCAGCUUUCGCCCCCCCGCCGCUUCUUGCGGUCUACUCGUAAAAACGCUCCAGCAUGUGCUCAGGAAUCGACCAGAGAUGACGAUUUCGAAACGACACCAACACAAGCAAAAGCUCCAGUCGCUACACAAGGAUUAGAAAGCCAGCGAAUACCGCUAUCUGCUAUUCACGCCAUGGGUCCUCAGACGGAUCGCUCAGAUAUCUUCAUCUCGAUCCAUCCCGAACACGUUGACCAAAUAGUAUCAGGCAAGAAGAACCACGAGUUCCGCAGCUACCGGAUCCCGGCAGUCGUCACGCGGAUGUGGAUUUAUGUGACCGCUCCCGUCUCGGAGCUCAGAUAUAUGGCCCGCAUAUCGGCCGCGAAACAGCCGGGUGAGAUUAAGGACGAGGAAGGGCUUGGUAAUGCUGAAUUCAACAGGCGCCGGUCAGGGGCUGCAUUCGCAUACGAACUUCUCGAGGUUUAUCGGCUCAACAACCCUGCGUCGCUUGAUGAAAUGAAGGAGCAUGGCUGGCUCGCUGGACCUCCCCAAAAGUACAACUAUGUGCCCCCAGCCGUAGUGGGACAUCUUAUGGCCAACUUGCGCUGUUCUCUAUCAGACAGAGAGGAGGAUGAGGAUGAUGUCGAUAGGCAAUCCAUCGUGGCGAAUGAAAGCGGGGCUGACAUGCCGUCCUCGCAACUCGAAUCCCAUGGGCCCACCGAAACGGCGACGAUCUCAAAGGAGGUCACAAAGCAAAUAAUGAGCGAGGCCACACAGCAUCGCUCUUCCCAAGAGGAACUCACUAUCGUACCAUCGAGCCAAGACGACGUCCCACGAAGCCACAGCAGCCCUCGUCCGCAGAUCACCGGCCUCCCGCCUCCCGCUCGGCUUCCGAACACAACACCCCGGCACACGGUCUGUCCGUCACAGGCGACGACGGUGAGCCAGCUGUCGACACAGGAAUCGCCCUUUCCUAGACCAGUGCCGCGGCCGAUGCGUCACUCCUCGUCGAGCCUCUUUUUACAGGACACGGAAGACGACGACAGUCCCAUCCAGCUUCCCCCGGCAGACUUUCAGCUGCAUUCAUCACAGCUCCUGACUAAGAGUCAGAUGCUUCCGGAGAGCUUGAUGCGGGAGGAUGAUGAGGUUGAAGAAGCAGUGGACAUUGUGUACGACUCUGAACGGGAAGAGGGCUGAGCCCUCUCCCACGGCUACUUGGCUGAUACAUAGUUCAAAGUCGCCAAAUUCUCUGAAGUGACCGGAAUCGCUACAUGAGGGAUGGAAAGUCUCGUUGGGUAUGUCAUUUAACAGCUCUCAGAGUUGGAAAUCCGUCCUACGGGGUAGUGGCGGAAGUGACAUAAUUAUACAGCGUCAUCGUGCUGACUAGUACUGAUUCGGUGCGAGUGAAGCAUACCUUUUUACAAUCGACUCCCACAAUCCCGCCACCCCUUAGAA